AGAAGUUUUUUAGCGUCAGAUGUGAUUGAGAAGGUAACCGCUGCUGAUAAACAGGACGCUGUUACUCUCUGGCUGGGGAAAUUUCCAAUGGCACGUUGUCUUUUACUAAGGUGUCCUGACUGCUGAUCAGCCGUAUGCCUUCAGAUUUCUGCGUUUUCCAUUUUAGUCAUGGAAAUCGGUCUCAUUUUGGGGUUGCUUCUUUCUGUUGCAACUGCCAGGAGAUCUGAUUACCGAACAUCAUAUGCAUGCGAAGGUGGACAGCUGCAUAUAAGUUGUGAAGAAGGCUACCUGAUUCAUUUACUUCGUGCCAACUAUGGUCGUUUUAGUAUAAGCAUAUGCAACGAGCAUGGCAGCUUGGAUUGGAGUGUUGAUUGUACUUCUCAUCGUUCCUAUUACGUAAUUCAUGAAAGAUGCAAUCUGAUGUCAAGUUGUAUAGUGAGUGCAACUAGUGAAACAUUCGCAGAUCCCUGCCCUGGUACAUAUAAAUAUUUAGAAGUACAGUACCAAUGCAAACCAGAAUCUAUGACAACCGCUCGUUCAUCAAGUUCAGCAGUCUCAAGUACUUCUUCUACAACUACUACACGACCUCCAAUAAUCAUUCCGUUAACAAGAUCUGUUAAGCCGACAGUGUUGACCACACCGUUCAAUCUGCAAACAUCUACAUUUUCUCAAAAACCUACAACUACAACUACACAUUCACCUGUUGUUGUUCUCUUGACUACACAGAAGCCCUUUUACCAAAUUACAAAGCCUAUUACGACUGCACCAUCUUUUAACAAAAAAGAAUAUUGUCAUCCGGUUCAGUCUAGAAAUCUGUCUUGGGAUUGGACUAAAGCUGGGACUGAAGUCGUACAAAAAUGUCCUGGUGGCACUUUUGGUGAAGCCCGAUGGCGAUGUGGUAGUAAUCCUGUUCAAUGGGUACCUGAUAGCCCAGAUCUUAGCGAAUGCAGUUCUUUGUGGGUGGAUAAUCUUAGAAACAGAGUAGAUGGCGGAGAUUCUGUUGUAAAUAUAGCAGCCGAACUUUCUGUGAUGACUCAUAGAAAACCAUUGUAUGGAGGAGACGUGAGACAUGCCUCUGAAAUACUUCAUCGUCUGGUAUCUAAAAUGGGUGAUAAAAUGAAAGACAUUGGAGAUGACAAACAACGACAUCAGUUACUUCAAGAACUGUUUGAGAGUGCCAGCGAUGUAACCAGCAACCUUUUGGAAGUUUCAUCAUCAUGGAAAGAAUUGGGACCUAGAGAAAGGAAGAAUAUUGCUUCUACACUUCUUGAAGCAUUAGAACAAAGUGGAUGGUUGCUUGCUUCUGCUCACAAUUCCAAGUUCCUUUUUACAAAAGCUUUACACAACAUUUUUUUGUCAGUUCGCGUACUGGAUGUUUGGUCUGUGUCACAUGUUACUUUUCCAUCUGAAGAAGAAAAGGAAGAUGCUGCAUGGGAACAAGUUAAAGAUUCCUUGUAUUUGCCUAUGCAAGCUUUAUUGGGAACAGCUUCAAAUGGAGCUGUUAAAAUUGUUUUAGCUUCCUAUAAACAUGUCAAAGAUUUUUUGGGUAAUGUUGCAUCCAGUGACCGUGGAAUUCUUCAAAAUUCCUCCAGCAUUAUUAAUUCACGAGUUAUUUCCGCUUUUACUGGAAGCUACUCUGGAACAAAAUUUCCAGAACCUGUAACAAUUACAUUUAAAUUGAUUCAGGAAGAAAAUGUUACGAACCCCCAGUGUGUUUAUUGGGAUUUAAAUGCAAGAAUUUGGUCGCAAGAAGGAUGCUGGCUAAAGAAAUCGAACAAAACGCAUGCAGUAUGCGAAUGUGAUCACUUAACAAAUUUUGCUCUGUUGAUGGAAGUGAAAGCCCCAAAAGAAUAUACUGAAAAUCGAGUCUUUUCAAAAAUGAUUGUAUUCAUUAGUUGUGGAUUAGCAAUAGUCUUUUUCUUAAUCACAGCCAUUUUACUGCAUGUUUUCAGGAGCCUUCCAACAGAUGAUGCAACAAUUCAUAAGCAUUUAUGCAUUUGCUUAUUAUUAGCAGAAAUUGUGUAUAUGGGAAGUUCUGAUCAAAGCGGCAUAAUAUGUUCAGUCUUAGCUGGCUCUCUACAUUUCUUAUUACAAGCCGUGUUCAUGUGGAUUUUCUUGUCAACCUUUCAACUGUAUUUGUUGUUAGUAGAGAAUACUUACAACAGUCGGAUCCGUUAUUUUUCUAUUGUAUCAUAUGGAAUGCCUGCUCUUAUUUUGUGUAUAUCAGCUUUGGUCAAUGCACGAAGUUAUGGCACCCCGGACUACUGUUUCUUAAGGUUUGAUAACUACUACAUCUUCUGCUUUGUUGGACCAGCAGGCACUUGCAUCUUGGGUGCAUUUAUAUUCUUAACUUUAAUUAUCUGUAAAACCUGCUGGGCUUCCAUGAAGAAUAAGGAAAUAUCAAAAAUUGCUACAGUAAGGAUUCGAAAUCGUGAGUCCUGGCUUGUUAUAUUCAGCAUUGGAAGUAGUUGGGCUUUCCUAUUAUUAUAUAUGGUGCAGAAGCUACCUAUAUUGGCUUACAUAUUUGCUGCUCUCAACUGCCUUCAAGGAUUGUCAAUUUUCAUAUUCCUAGGUUUACAUGAUAGUGAGGUACAAAAGGCUUAUUGUAAAUGGAAGGAAGGGUCUCCCUGUCAACCUAAAGCAGCAAGAAAUCCAUAUCCUUUAUCCAAUACAUCUAGUUCACAUAAUGUAGAAGCACCAUAUCUACAGCCAUCGACUACAGUUUCAUCUCUUUCCACUGUUACUACUCCAGAACUGGAGUUUCAAAUGGGCACAUUUCAUCACUCUGAGCUCUGUCAUACUACAAGGUCACCAAUAUAUGAUAACAGAGAGCAACUAGUAUCAUGAAACUCAGAUGGAGCCGUCCACAUCGCUAGUCCUCAUCAAUUUUCAGUUUACUUUGUAUAUAACAUCAUUGUCAUUUUUGUAAUUUCAUAUUUAUAAUAUUGGUUCUGUGAUAACUCUAAAUAAACGUUUUUUUUACAAACUUU